AAUUCGAUUUUAAGUAAUAAAAAAAUAUAGAAAAAUACUUAAAUAAUGUCGACCGAUAUUAAAGCGACUGAAGAUGAAAUAAUAAAACUACGCAGUGAAAUAAAAGCUUUGAAAGAUGCAUGUGAAUCAAAGGAGCAAAGGCUGUUGGAAUUGCAAAAGCAACAAAAUUCAACAGUAGCUUCUCAGUAUGGCAGCCGGUUGAGCAACGAAGACAUUGAGCGGUAUAGCCGCCAACUAAUUUUACCAAAUUUUGGUGUAAAAGGCCAAAUAAAAUUGAAAGAAUCAUCAUUUCUAAUUGUUGGACUAGGAGGGUUGGGGUGUCCAUCCUCACAAUAUUUAUUAGCAGCCGGCUGUGGACGUUUGGGUUUAGUCGAUUAUGAUGAAGUGGAACGUAGCAACUUUCAUAGACAAACUCUCCACACAGAAGCAAGAGUUGGUAUGAAAAAAGUCGAUUCAGCAAAAGCGGCUUUGUUGGAAAUAAAUCCACAUUGCCAAAUAGAUUGCCAUCGUAUAUUGUUGAAUAGUGAAAAUGCACUGGAUCUAUUGCGUCAGUACGAUGUCGUAUUAGAUUGUACGGACAAUGUGGCAACAAGAUAUUUAUUAAAUGACGCUUGCGUAAUGUUGAAGCGACCACUGAUUUCAGGAAGUGCACUGCAGAUGGAUGGACAGUUAACAGUAUAUAAUUACGGCGAUACUGGUCCAUGUUAUAGGUGUCUGUUCCCAGUACCACCGCCGCCAGAAACAGUUACAAAUUGUGGAGAUGGGGGAGUACUAGGUGCUGUUACAGGAAUCAUUGGUUCCCUGCAAGCUUUGGAAGCCAUAAAGGUUGCGUUAGAAUAUUCUAGCAGUGAAGUUUUGUCCGGCCGUUUACUUCUAUUUGACGGAUCUCGCUGCAUGUUUCGAAAUAUACGACUCCGUGGGAAACGUGCUGAUUGCGAUGUUUGUUCAUCCUCGCCUUUGAUAAACCAUCUUGUUGACUACGAGCAAUUUUGCGGUAUGAGUGCUUCAGACAAAAAUGUUGGAUUAAAUCUGUUAUCUCUGGAACAACGCUUGACCGUCGAAGAAUAUCGCGAUACAAUUGAAAGUAACCCACAUUUGUUAAUCGACGUCAGACAGCCCGCAGAAUUUGAAAUAUGUCAUUUACCGAAAUCAGAAAAUAUUCCCCUAAAACAUUUAUUAGAUGACUCGUAUUUAAAGCUCCAUGACGAAUCGUUAAAUAACCCAGAAAAGCCAAUUAUUUUACUGUGUAGACGUGGCAAUGAUUCCCAAAUAGCUGCUCAACAUUUAAUACAAACAUUUCCAAAUCGUAAAAUAUUCGAUAUUAAGGGUGGCCUAUACUCCUGGCAUUAUAAGAUUGAUAAAAACUUUCCAAUUUAUUAAAAAUUAACAAAUUUUAUGUUAAAAUACAUAUCAUAUGUAUAAUAUUGUAGUAGAAAUGCAAAAUUGGACACAUACUCGGCUGUGUUAUGUACCCUUCAACUACGUAUGAAAUAAAUGUUAUAUCUGUAAAA